UGACGUUAUUAUUUCCGUUGAGCCAGGAGCCUGGUUGCCGACACGCCGCAAUCCACUACUAGUGAAAUUCGCUAAGCUGGACCGUGAACGUAACGUUAGUUGGAUUUUGUGGAGAAUUGUUUCUUGCUGUGAUCCACGACUGAGGGGAGGAUGAUUCUGUGAAGUCGAAUCUAAGGUAUACACUCUUUGUAAGGCCUAUGAUGAAAAUCGAUGAGUGUGAUCUGCCUUUGGGUAGAGGAAACCAGGGAACCCGAGUUGAAGACUAGCUAACACACGGAUGGCCUGCCAGUCUGCCCCCACCAUCAUGGACGAACAGGCGCUGCUGGGUUUGAAUCCCAAUGCAGAGGCUUGUUACCGCAUGCGGGCGCUGGCAUACUUUGAGCAGCUGAAGGAGUCCCAAGAUGCCUGGGAGGUCUGUGCUGAAGCUCUGGCUAAAGGCAUUUACAGUGAUGACCAUGUGAAGUUCUUCUGCUUCCAAGUGUUGGAGCACCAGAUCAAGUACAGGCAUGAGGCUCUGACUGCAGUUCAGCAGCAGCUCAUCAGGGAAACGCUGAUGAAGUGGCUCCAGACACAGCUGAUGAACGCGCAGCAGGAGAAGCCCUUCAUCCGCAACAAGGCGGCGCAGGUGUUUGCGCUGGUCUUCGUGCGAGACUACCUGACGCACUGGCCCAAGUUCUUCUUCGACAUCCUGUCGCUCAUCGGCCUGAACCCGCACGGAGUGGACGUCUACCUGCGCACGCUCAUGGCCAUCGACGCCGAGGUGGUGGACCGGGACAUCAUGCACUCGGCUGAGGUCAGAAUCAAUCAGAUGGAGACACGCAGGAACACGCUGAUCAAGGACGGCAUGCGUGAGCACUGUAUCCCCAGCCUGGUGGAGUCCUGGUACCAGAUCCUGCAGGCCUACCAGCAGUCCCACAGCGAGCUCACCUGCCAGUGCCUGGAGGUGGUGGGAGCCUACGUCUCCUGGAUCGACCUCAAUCUCAUUGCCAACGACAGGUUUGUGAACCUGCUGCUGAGCCACAUGUCGGUGGAGGAGCUGCGGGAAGAGGCGUGCGACUGCCUGUUUGAGAUCGUCAACAAGGGCAUGGACCCCGUGGACAAGACCAAGCUGGUGGAGUCCCUCUGCCAGGUGCUGCAGUCCGCUGGCUUCUUCAACGUCGAACAGGAGGAAGACGUGGACUUCCUGGCCAAGUUCUCGCGGCUGGUGAACGGCAUGGGCCAGUCCCUGGUGCUGAGCUGGAGCAAGCUGCACAAGGCGGGCAGUGUCAAGCUGGCGGCGGACACUCUCAGUGCCACCGAGGCCAAGGUGCCCCUCAUGCUGCAGCUGCUUGUCCACGAGGACGAUGACAUCUCCGCUAACAUAGUGGCCUUCUGCUACGACUAUCUGCACGUACUCAAACAGCUUCCGCUUCUGACUGACCAACAGAAGGCCAAUGUGGAGGCGAUCAUGCUGGCAGUCAUGAAGAAACUUACCUAUGACGACGAGUACAACUUUGAAAAUGAGGGUGAGGACGAGGCCAUGUUUGUAGAGUACCGUAAGCAGCUGAAGAUGCUUCUGGAUAGGCUGGCCCAGGUCUCCCCCGAACUGCUGCUGGAGGCUGUGCGCAGGGUCUUCAACAACACAAUACAGAAUUGGCAGACGGCUCCCUUCAUGGAGGUGGAGGUGGCCAUCAGACUGCUCUACAUGCUGGGGGAGGCUCUGCCCGCCUCGCACGGAGCACACUUCACUGGCGAUACAGCCAAGGUGUCCACCCUGCAAGACCUGAUGAGGACGCUGGUCAACAGCGGGGUCAGUGGAUACCAGCACACCUCGGUGACGCUGGAGUUCUUCGAGACCGUGGUGCGCUAUGACAAGUUCUUCCUCGUGGAGCCUCAACACAUUCCAAAUGUCCUGAUGGCGUUUCUGGACCAUCGGGGUCUGAGACACAGUAGCCCAAAGGUGCGCAGCCGCGUAGCCUACCUCUUCUCCCGCUUCGUCAAGACCUUGCACAAACAUAUGAAUGCUUUCAUUGAGGACAUCUUGAGCAGGAUACAAGACCUGCUGGAGUUGGCUCCUCCCGAGAAUGGUUUCCCAGCACUGGUGACGAGUGACGACCAGCUGUUCAUCUACGAGACGGCAGGCAUCCUGAUCGUGAACGGCGAGAGUCCGGCGGAGAGGAAGCAGGCUCUCAUGCGUAGCCUCCUGACGCCGCUGAUGGACGGCUUCCGCCUGCUGCUCGCCAAGCUGCCCCAGGAGACGGACGAGGAGAGGCAGAGCGUGCUCGCGGACUGCCUAAGCCAUGCCGUCAGCUUCGCCAGCCGCACCAGCAAGGCGUUCAGCAACAAGCAGACGGUGAAGACGUGCGGCUGCUCGGAGGUGUACCGCGACUGCCUGCAGACCUUCCUGCCGGCGCUGAGCUGCCCGGUGCAGCGUGCGCAGCUGCGCUCGGCCGUGCGCUCCUUCCUGCACCGCAUGAUCAUCUGCCUGGAGGAGGAGGUGCUGCCCUUCAUCCCCGCCGCCUCCGAGCACAUGCUCAAGGACUGCGAGCCCAAGGACCUGCAGGAGUUCAUCCCCCUCAUCAGCCAGAUCACCGCCAAGUUCAAGGGCCAGGUGUCUCCGUUCCUGCAGCAGGUCUUCAUGCCGCUGGUGCUGGCCAUCUUCGAGGUGCUGGGUCGGCCGGCGGAGGAAAACGACCAGACGGCCGCACUGGACAAGCAGAUGCUGCGCCGCAGCUACUUCAGCUUCAUCCAGACCGUCACCGGCAGCGGCAUGAACGAAGUCAUGGCCAACCAGGGAGCGGAGAACGUGGAGCGGGUUCUCUUCACCAUCAUCCAGGGAGCUGUGGACUUUCCCGACCCCAUCGCCCAGAAGACCUGCUUCAUCAUCCUCACCAAGUUCGUGGAGCUCUGGGGAGGUAAAGACGGCCUGGUGGGCUUCCCUGACUUCAUCUAUAAGCACAUAGUCCCAGCAUGCUUCCUGGCUCCCCUCAAGCCCACCUUUGACCUCUCAGAUGCACAGACUGUCCUAACAUUGUCAGAGUGUACACUAACCCUGAAAAUGAUUCAUCUCAAGAGGGGGCCGGAGUUCAUUCAGUUCCUCCAGCAGGAGUACCUUCCCUCCCUUCAAGUAUCGCCAGAUAUCACACAGGAACUCUGUCAAGUGCUUCAGCAAGCUGACGUCAAGGUUCUGAAAAAUUACAUGAAGGCAUUCUUCCAGCGGGCCAAACUAUAAAAGAAAAGAAAAGCAAAACUAUCAAGAAAGAAAAUGGAAGUUUGAGCAACGGUUGAAAAAGACUCUUUUGAAAAAGGAGAAACGGGAGAAGAAAAAGAGCGUUCACCUGUGCCACUUACAAACACAACAUAACAGACAGACAGACGGAGCUUAGCUUAGCAACUGCUGCUUCAGCACUUAAACAGCGCAUCGCUAAUGAUGCCUAGCCCGAAGCCAAGGGUAGAGGGAAGAAACUAAAUAAAAAAACAAAACGAGGUGCCGACAAUGGACUUGCAUGACGCUGGGCCAUUUGUUGCCUGUCAGUGUAGUCAUGCUGCUCUCUCCUCCUGCCCAUUCUCCCUCUGCCAUCGACCAAUCACAAGACGUGCUCUCCAUGUGGGGGUGUGGACUAAGCCCUGGGACGAGCACAGGGAUUGGUUUAACCCAGUUGAAGAGACGGGAAACUGUUAAGUUUGUGGGGGAGGAAUUUAAGGAGGGGGGGUUGAGCGAGGAGUGACAGGCUUCAGUGUUGAAUGGAGAACCCCAAGGGAAAGUGUUUUUGAAGCCUAUUAACCGUUGCCUACAAGUUUAUGAAAAAAAUGAGUGAAAAGCCUGAAUAGUAUCAGCCAUUUUUUUUGUUUGAAUUUGUGUGGGGGAGGGGGAAAAGCUUUAUUGGUUGAAUUUUUUUAUUUUUUGUGUAUAAUAUUGGAAUGUUUGGAUAUUGAGGUAAAUCCACCAUUUUGUGUUCAGGAAGAAAAAAAAGGUUGCUUUGACGAAUUCUUAUUUAAUGCAGACUGUGAUUAUUAUGCCUUUCCCCUUUCUUUUCCCCCUUUUUCUUCUUUUUACAUGCUUGAGAGUUUAAAAUGAAUUUAGGGGAGGUGAUGGAGCAGACAGUUGGUUUUCAUAGUAGUGCCCUGGUUUCAGAUUCACCAGUCCUAUCCAUUUCAACACCACACCGUCAGACUUGUGUGAGUCUCGGGUGUUCAGUCAUACGUCUGCUGUAUCAACAAAUGCUACAGAGUAUGACCAAAUAAAUGAGUACAUAACACAAUCAAAACCAACUUGCUGUCAUUUUAGAAACAGGAAGUGAAGUCUGCUGAAUUGGUCCUUAAUUAGUGUUUUUGUUUUAUUUUAUUUUAUUAAUUUGGAGUGACUUUCAGACUGUGUGGAACGGAAUUGAGGAAGCUAUUGAUUUUUCCCCUCAGUUUUUUUGUUUGUUUUUGCCUUGUGGCUUUUGAUGUUGUGCCGCAGCACAUGCAUAUCCAUGACGGUAACUGGGAGAGGAAUGAGCCGACUGUUGGUGUAAAGAGAGAUUACAAUGUUUGAUUUGUGUUUUCUCUCUCUCUCAAAUUGACUCAUCAGAAUUCCAUGUGCUGAAAUGAAACGUGUUAUAUUCUUGUCACAUACAGCAACAUCUGCUCCUUGCAUGCGGAAAAUGCAGCGCCAACACCGCCACACCUACUGUACAUACAACCGGAAAUCUCUUCCAUGGUCUUGUUUUAUUAGGGUUUUUUUUCAUCAUUUCUUCUUGUUUUCUUGUUUUUUUUAAUGAGAGAAAGAAAAACAAGGACACUAGCAACAGUCACUAUGAAUUCCUGCCUUGUUGUCUUUUCUGAACCUACACAGAUUGCCUACCACUAGCUGUGCAUUGGACUAUCCACCUUCAAACAAAACCCAUGUUGGGAGUGUGUAAAUGACGAACCUGUUAGCUGGCCAUAGUGUUUUACCUCUUUUUCUUUUGUUUUUCUUUGUUUGCGUUGUAAACAAACAUUUAUUUAAUUGACCCCAGUUAUUGGGGCAAGGGGGCAACUGUUGAAAUUGAAAUACUGGAGCACAUGAAAUGAGAAAAUGACUAGAGCCAACAGAUUUUAACAUUGUAUUUUUGACAGCAAAAAAAGGAGAAGAAAAUAUUUGUUCUGUUUUUCGUUUGUUUGUUUUUUUAAACCACUUAUGGUCCUGUGCUGUCCCAUUCCCAAUGUCAAAGUUGUUCUCCAAGAGAUGAAGUCCCCAUUUACCUGAUUAGUUUGUAGCUCUCCUCUCCUAAUUCUGUUGGAAAACUUUGUGUACAUGGUUUUGUUGUCCUGGGAAAACUGUUCAUAAUACACUUUACCUCUUGACAUAAUGGAUUUAAAGUACCUGAUUAGACAGUGUUAGCAAAUAAUCGAUUAGUAGAGGUGGGAACCUUACACAGAGCUACAUCAACUAUAUGCCUGGAGACUAUUGAUUCCAAUGUUCCUAUGUUUUAUUUACUUUGACAAUAAUUUGAACCUAACCUAGCUCAUGAAAACUGUGUGUGUGUGUGUGUGUGUGAGAGCGUGUGGACAUUAGGGUGUAUGUUACAAAGUAUGCGAAGGUCAGGCUUAGAUUAAUGUGAUGAUUGACCUCAUUGGAAGCCUUUAAUUUCACUGCCCUACCCAACAGACUGACUGCUACCACGAGGGCUUUGCAUAAAUAACUAGAAGUUCAUCUAAGCCCUCCACCCCAAAGCAAUUGCAUAUGGCUAGCAUACAAGGCAAGCAUGUUGACAUCAAUUCUGGAUGUUGUGAAGUGUCACCACCCCUCUGCAGAACAGUGCAAGAAUUCUUCAAAUCGGAGCUUACUCUUGUCAAUGCCAAAAAGAUAUGAAUGAAUUUAAUGAAUUUCUCUCGCUCUGGAUUGAAAUGUCUGUGAAUGAGUACUUGAUUUAUUUUUGAUAUUGGGGCAGACGACUUUCACGACUUGUCAAUUUCUUGUCAUCACCAAUAAAGUGUUUACUAAUCCUGA